AUGAAUCCAGAAAAUAUUUCCGAAACAAUUCAAUCAAAUUAUAUUGAAUAUGCGGCUCCCACUCAAUAAAUUUAGAAUCUCUAUUUUUUAAACCUAAUUUAUUUGAAAAGGAUUUUUAAAGAAAAAAGAAAGAUAGAUAGUCUUAAAGGCAAUUAAACAAACAAAUAAAUAAAUAAAUUAAGGUGGCAAUUUAAUCGAUUAAUUUAUUUUGAGAAGAAAUAUAAAAUUUAUUACAAAAUACAUACCAUAAUUUUCUAUAUAUUUUAGCAUAUUAAAAAAUUCAAAUACAAAAUCAUGAAAAAGUAAUUUAUUAUGUUGGAAUCUGCUAUAUUUGUUUACAUUUGA